AUGAAAAGAGACGUGGUAGCCACACAUUUUAAAAAUUUUCAAGAAGCUAUGAGAACAACAAAGGAAAAACUUGAGGGUGUUCUUCAACUGACUGUUUCAAAUGAACUGAAAAAUAUUGAACUAAGUGAAUCAGUUGAUCGAAGUUUGUUACCACUUAUAGAGAAGAUGUGUAUUACUUGGUUAAGCCAGCUUCAAGAUUCACUGAGUGCACUUGAUGAAAAAUAUUUUGUUGGGUCUAGUCCUUUAAAUGAAUUGGAAUACUGGAAAGAUCGUUACACUAAUUUGGAUCUGCUUUCUAAACAGUUGAAAAAUCCAACAGUUGCUUAUAUAAUUAACGUUCAGAAUAAAAUUAAUGGUCUUAUGACACCUACUGUUGAAAGACUUGAGAGUUUGCUCAUUGAAGCAAAAGAAAACAACCGAUUCCUUUCAACGUGUGAACGGCAUUUUAAAAAUAUUGAAAUGGGAGCCAACUAUCAAAUUGUUAUAGAAUCUAUCGUUCCAUUGAUGAAAUCAUUACGGCUAAUUUGGAUGAUUUCAAGACAUUAUAACAACGAUGAAAGAAUGAUCUCCUUGAUGGAAAAAAUUGCAAAAGUUUUAAUUGAUAGAGUCAAAAAAGUUAACAGUUUUCAAACACUUUUCAUGGAAGGACUUGAUGUUGUAAAAAGCAGAACAUCCAAUGCGGAAACUUUGUUGAAGUUAUGGAAACAAGCAUACUUAGAGACAAGACAUUUCAUUGAAACUUCAGGUAGAGGAACAAGAUGGGAAUUUGAUCGUAAGAGAUUAUUUCAACAAACUGAUUAUAUGGCAGCUAUCAGUCACGAUAUCAAUGCAGCUGUGCAUAUCAUUGAUGAAUUUAAUCAAUUGUAUGAAUUAAAUUUAUUUACCGUAACUAUUAAGCCUAGUAAAAUUGCUGAAAUGAAACAAACCAUGGCUUCUUUGCAAAAUUCAUUUCAAACAUGUAAAUUUGAUCCAUUUGAUUCCACUAAUGAAAGGGCAUGGGUUUUUAAGAUGGAAUCUUUUUCAAAAGAGUUAUUUGAAUUUGAGGUUACUUCUCAACUCUACAUACAAGACGCAUUCAGAAACAUAAGAUCCCCUGUUAUGGGGUUGCAGUUAUUCAAAAAUCUCAAUAUGGUUCUUGAAAGAUCCUCACUUACUAAAAUGCUCAAUGAAAAAUUGAAAGAUAUUAGCAAUAGCUUUUUUUAUCAAGUAAAUAAAACAAGACAAGAUUUUGAAGACAAUUUUUAUAAUCCACCUCUUUUUAAAAGUCAGCCGCCUGUAGCUGGAACUAUUAAUUGGCAGAGAUUUCUUUUUGUGAGGUUGAAAAACACGCUUAUUAGCUUAUUAUAUGAUUCAGAUUGUUUAAGCAUAGAAGAGGCAGAUAAAUUAAAAGAUACAUAUUUAACAUUAUGUAAAGAAAUGAAGCAAUAUUCGCAAAAAAAAUAUUCAGAAUGGUAUGAAAAGGUCGAUCAAGAAAUGGAACAAUUACUAAAAUCUCCUGUCUUAGCAUUUCCUUAUUUCACUCAGCUACAGAAACUUGAAUUUUCUCAUAGAUCCACGCAGAAUCAGUUCAAAGUCAACUUUGAUCCGUAUAUAUUUGAAGUCAUUAUGGAAGCUAAGUAUUUAGCAGGAAUGGGUUUCAACAUUCCUGAAAGUGUUAAAACAGCUGUUUUAUUAGAACAGGAUUUUAAUGAAAGAAUUUUACUCUUGAAAAAAUUUCUCAACGUUUUUCAUGAGGAAAUAAGUAAAGUCAAUGAGGUUGAUUUCAUGGUUCUAGAAGACCACAUAAAGGAACUAUUUCGAGUUGUUUUUUCAGGAAUGAAACGCAUAAAUUGGAGAUCUGCUGGUGUUAGUGAUUUUGUAGAACGCUGUCAUGAACAGUUGGAGGGAUUUGUGUCGGUUAUGUCUCAAUAUAAGAAAAAUAUCAAAAGAAUUGAAGAUCGAUUGGAAAAUAUAAUAGAUGCAAACUAUUUUUCUGACAAAGUUAACUUCAAAGUUGGGGUAGUACUGGAUUGUAAAGACUAUUUUGAUCUGGUGAAUGCAGACAGGGAGGAAAUAACGGAACGUCUUAUUCAAGAUUACAAUGACAUCACAAGCAUGGUACAGCAUGUGGAGUUCGUUAUAUGGAAAAGUAGUUCAGGAAAAUGUUCCCGAUUGAAACAUUUUUAUUUAUAUUAUGAAAGCAGAAUUUUACAAGCAUUAACUGCUAUGGUUAUGACGAAUUUAAACACAUUCAUUUGUCUCCUUUCUGGACAAAAAUCUUUGUUUCAAAUUCAUGGAGUGCUUUAUCAUCCAUAUUUAGAAUUAAAUCCAAGCAAUGUUAAUAUAUUAAGAUACAUAUCACAAUGUGCCGCAGACUGUAUAUUCACAACAAAAUUAUUUCCUCGUUGGCUCAAUGCAUCCGCAAUUCCAGUGUCACUAGUUAAGGAAAGUUCAGUUUAUGUGUAUUCUUUCUUAAACGACAUAGCCUUAAAUCCUGAUAUAAUUAAUCUUCUGCACAAAAUUCAAUCUAUUGCUGAUAAUGCUCUCACUACAGCUAAAAAUACUCUUAAACCCUGGAAAAGAUUUGAAGUUGUUUGGCAAAGUGACAAGGAUUUAGUUGUGUCAGAAUGGAUUGAACAGGUAUUGCCAAAAGCCUGCAAUUAUGAUGAAGUCUUAUGGGAUUUGAAAAACCAGCUUGCAGAGAUUAACUCAGAAGUUCUGCUAUUUGAUGUUGACUUUUUACAAAUGAAUUUGUCAGCCCUUGCAUAUGCAGUUAAAGAACAUUAUAUAACAUUAUUUGACUUAUACACAAAUGAGUUGCAUUUGUCAGCUAGAAAUGCUCUAGUUGCUUUUAAAACUGAUUGUGAAAAGAAACUUGAUGAGAUGUCUUUUAAACCAACCACAAUUGAAGAUUUAAAAAGUGUCUUACAACUCCUAAAUGAAAUAUUUGGUACUUGUGUUGAAAAGCAGUUGCUGGCUAGAGAAAUAACUGAAAAAUAUAAUGUUUUAGAAAUAUAUGGGAUUGUAGUUGGAGAUGAAGAAAAACUUUUGCUCAAUAAUUUAGAUAUGUUUUCUUAUAUAUUAAUUGAAAAAGCUAGAUUCUACAGUUCUAAACUAAAAGUUGUUAAAAAAAAGUUUGCUGAACUUGCCUUAAGGGAAGCUGAUGAAUUUCACCAGACAUUAACUGAAUUUGUUAAAAGAUUCUACAAUAGUGGUCCAGGUAUUGUUGAUGACCUAGAAGUUGGAUUGUCACUAAUGAGAGAAUUUAAUUUUGAAAUGUACAGGCUAGAGCAAAAACGUCAGGAUAUUGGAAAUUCACAGAAAUUAUUUGAUUUACCCAUUGUCAUGUAUUCAGAUUUUUUCAGAGUUCAAAAAGAUAUAAACUAUUUAGAAUCGAUAUACAAAAUAUUUAAAAAUUAUAUGAGUGCUAGAAGUGAAUGGGACGUGAUUCAAUGGACAGACUUAAAUGUUAACUCAAUCCAAGAUGGAAUUGAUUCACUUUUGUUGCAAGCCAAAAAAUUACCGAAAGCUGUGAAAGAGAUGCAAUCAUUUACCAUAUUAGAAAACUGUAUGAAAUCUUUUAAAGACAAUCUUCCAAUAAUAGUAGAACUGAAAAACGAAGCUAUGCGUGAAAGGCACUGGAAAAUAUUGAUGAAUAAAACAAAAAUAAAGUUUGACACAAAUAUAAAUGCCUUUACUUUGAAAAAUUUAUUUGCUAUGAACUUGGCCAAUUAUUACGAUGUUGUGAUUGAAACAAUCUCUGAUGCCAUAAAAGAAGCAAAUAUAGAGAAAGCAUUGAAAGAAAUCGAAUAUACUUGGUCUAAUUUGAGGUUUAACAUUGUUAAAUAUCAUAAAAACACUUUAGAUAAGGGCCAUAUGAUUGGAUCUGUCGAUGAAAUAAACCAACUUCUUGAUGAUCAGACUAUGCAGUUGCAAGGCAUGAAUGCUUCAAGAAAUGUUGUGCCAUUUUUAAAUUCUGUUCAAAGUUGGGAAAAGCAGUUAUCACUUAUAAGUGAAGUAAUAUAUUCAUGGGUCAUUGCCCAACGCAAAUGGCUGUAUCUAGACAGUAUUUUUUUAUCUGGUGAUAUAAAAGUUCAAUUACCGGAAGAGGCUAGACUGUUUGAUAAAUUAGAUAAGGCUUACAUGAAAAUAAUGAAAGAAACUGCUUUGAAUCCAGUGGUUAAAAUUUGUUGUCUAACUCCAGGUCGUUUAAGAGAAUUUGAAGAACUGAUUCUAGGUUUGGAUAGAUGUCAAAAAUCUUUGAACGAAUAUUUAGAUAGUAAAAGAAAUGCUUUUCCAAGAUUCUAUUUUAUUUCUGAUGACGAACUUCUUAGCAUUAUCGGAAGUACGGACCCGCAAAGCAUACAAGAGCACAUAAUUAAAAUUUUUGAUAACGUUGCUUCUAUAAAAUUGCAACCGUCAACUCAUGGAAAGACAUACGAUGUUAUGGGUAUGAUUUCUGCAGAAGGUGAACAGAUGCCUUUUAAAAAUAAAGUUGUUGCAGAGGGAAAAGUAGAGGCGUGGAUAAACAACGUUUUGACUGCAAUGCAAAAUUCUAAUCGUCGUAUCACAAAAGAGGCAAUUUUUUAUUAUUGUGCGGAAGGUCGAUCACGAAUAAGUUGGAUGAUGGAAUACCAAGGAAUGGUUUGCUUAGCUGGUAACCAGGUUUGGUGGACGUGGGAAGUUGAAGAUGUUUUUCAAAAAGCAGCCAAUGGUGAUAAACAAGCCAUGAAAUUAUAUUCAAAAAAGCUUGUUCAGCAAAUUGAUGAUUUAGUUCUGUUAAUUAGAAAACCUAUGACUGCCAACAAUCGAAAGAAAAUAAAUACUGUAUUGAUGAUAGAUGUUCACGCUCGAGAUAUUAUUGAAGGUUUUGUAAGAGAUAGCAUUCUCAGAUCUUCUGAUUUCCAAUGGGAGAGUCAGCUUCGAUUUUACUGGGAUAUUUAUUCUGAUCAAUUAAUAGUACAUCAAUGUUCCGGUAAAUUUUUAUAUGGAUACGAAUACAUGGGUCUCAAUGGACGACUUGUUAUAACUCCGCUUACUGACAGGAUUUAUUUAACUCUUACACAAGCUCUGUCAAUGAAGUUAGGAGGGGCCCCGGCUGGACCUGCUGGUACAGGCAAAACAGAAACGACAAAGGAUUUGGCAAAAGCAUUGGGUUUAUUGUGUGUUGUUACCAACUGUGGGGAAGGUAUGGAUUAUAAAGCCAUCGGUAAAAUAUUUGCUGGUUUGUGCCAAAGUGGCUCGUGGGGAUGCUUUGAUGAAUUCAACAGAAUUGAAAUUUCUGUACUGAGUGUUAUCUCAUCUCAAUUACAGACUAUUAGAAAUGCUCUUCUUCUAACUUUGACUCAGUUCAAUUUUGAAGGUGGAAUAAUUUCUUUAGAUCACAAAGUUGGUAUAUUUAUUACAAUGAAUCCAGGAUAUGCUGGACGAACAGAGCUUCCUGAAUCCAUCAAGGCUUUGUUUAGACCUGUUGUAUGUAUUGUUCCUGAUUUACAAAUGAUUUGUGAAAUUAUGUUAUUCUCUGAAGGUUUUUUAAUGGCAAAAGUUUUGGCUAAAAAAAUGACUGUUUUGUAUAAGUUAGCUAGUGAGCAACUAUCAAGGCAAUAUCAUUAUGAUUUCAAAUUGAGGGCAAUAAAAUCUGUUUUGGUGAUGGCAGGAGAACUGAAACGAGCAUCGGAUGCAGAAGAAGAUGUUGUUCUUAUGAGAGCUUUAAGAGAUAUGAACUUACCGAAAUUUGUCUUUGAGGAUGUUCCAUUGUUUCUUGGACUAAUCGGUGAUUUAUUUCCUGGUUUAAAUUGUCCACGAAUUCAAUAUCCAGAGCUUACAGAAGCUAUCGAAGAUGUGUUGAAAGAAAAUAAAUAUAUUGUCUUAGCACAUCAAGUUGACAAAGUUGUUCAACUGCAGGAAACCAUGUUAACAAGACAUACAACGAUGGUUGUUGGACCGACCUGUGGUGGUAAAUCAGUGAUAAUUAAUACUUUAGCCCUUGCACAAACUAGAAUGGGUGUGCCAACCAAAUUAUUCACUUUGAAUCCUAAAGAGAGAAGUGUCGUUGAACUUUAUGGAGUUUUAGAUCCUGUGAGCAGAGACUGGACAGAUGGAUUGUUAUCUAAUGUUUUUAGAGAAAUUAAUAAACCUACUGACAAAGUUGAAAAAAAAUAUAUUGUUUUUGAUGGAGAUGUUGAUGCACUAUGGGUGGAAAAUAUGAACUCAGUGAUGGAUGAUAACAAACUGUUAACCCUGGCAAACGGAGAGAGAAUACGAUUGCAAAAACAUUGCUCAAUGAUUUUUGAAGUGUCUGAUUUACAAUAUGCCCAACCAUCAACAGUUUCACGAUGUGGCAUGGUGUAUGUAGAUUCUAAAAAUUUAAAAUAUGAACCAUAUUGGCAGAAAUGGUUAAAAGAAAAAUUUGAAUUAAGACAAAAUUUAAUUGAAAUGGAAGUAUUAAAUAAACUUUUUAUUAAAUACAUACCUCCAUGUAUAGAUUUAAUAUUCGAAGGAAAAAUGGGAAAUGUUAGAAAAGACCCUCUGAAGACAAUCAUACCAUUGACAAAUUUAAAUUUAGUACGACAACUAACUCAUAUGCUUGAUGCUCUAAUUGAAUAUGAAGAUAUUGAUUUUGACGUCUUAGAAUGUUUAUUCGUUGAGGCUCUUUACUGGUCUUUAGGAGCUGGUCUAUUAGAAAAUUCCAGAGCACAGUUUGAUACUUAUGUAAAACAAAUAACGACAUUGUAUGUGACAGCGUCCGAUGUCGCGGCUGGACCUGGAGAAUUGCCUGGAGAUAACACUAUAUAUGAAUUUAUUUGGGAUCAUCAAUCUAAUCAGUGGAUUAGGUGGACAUCGAAAGUUCCAGAUUAUAUUCAUGAUCCUAAUGUAAAAUUUAAUGAAAUUCUUGUUCCAACUAUUGACACAGUAUCAAUGAAAUGGAUAUUAAGCUUAUUUUUAAAGAUGGAAAAACCCAUUUUAUUUUCUGGAGAAAGUGGUACUAGUAAAACGGCUACAAUAACUAGUUUUUUAAAAAAUCUCAACUCUGAAGAAUAUCAAGUUUUGGGAAUGAACUUCUCCAGCAGAACCACAUCUUUAGAUUGUCAAAAAAAUAUUGAAAAUCAUACAGAAAAGCGAACUAGGGAUGUAUUUGGACCUCCAGUUGGAAAAAGAUUAGUAAUAUUUGUAGAUGAUUUAAAUAUGCCUCAAAUUGAUCCGUAUGGAACUCAGCAGCCAAUAGCUAUGUUAAAGUUACUAUUGGGUUAUUCUGGUAUUUACGACAGAGGAUCAGCCUUAAAUUGGAAAACAUUGCGUGAUUUGGAUUGGAUUGCGGCAAUGGGAAAUCCGGGUGGCGGAAGAAAUCAUGUUGAUCCUAGAUUUAUUUCACUUUUUUCAUUUGCAUAUAUGGUUUUCCCAACAGAAGAUUCAAUAUUUAAAAUUUACAGCAGCAUAUUAUCUGGCUACACAACUGGUUUUGCUUCUGAGAUUAGAGACUCGGUUGAAAUUGUGACACACGCUUCUAUGAAUUUAUUCACUGGCGUGUUAAAAGACUUGCCUCCUACUCCAUCUAAAUUUCAUUACAUCUUUAGUUUAAGAGAUUUAUCUCGCAUUUACUCAGGUCUGUCACUUAUGACUGCUGGCAAUUUUAAAACUAGAAAUGAUUUGUUCAGAGUUUGGAGACAUGAAUGCUUGCGAGUGUUCAGUGAUAGGCUUACAAAUGAAGUUGAUCAGGAAAUUGUAGUUCAAAAAAUAAGAAAUCUUCUCGAAAUUAAUGCUUCAGCUUAUAUUGACAUGCUCCUGGCUGAUCCAAUAAUAUAUGGCGAUUAUAUCAACGUUGAAAAUGAUGACUUUCCUAGGUCGUAUAAAGAACUGGAAAGCUACGAGAGUUUAAAAAAUUUAUAUAAUGAAAUCAUUGAUUAUAGUAAAAAUUCAUCAAAAAUAUCAUUGGUACUAUUUGAUGACGCGUUGGAACAUUUAAAUCGAAUUAAUAGAGUUCUUUUGCUGCCUAAGGGUCAUUGUCUCUUAAUGGGUCUUGGAAAUGUUGGGAAAUUCUCACUUGCCAAAUUGGCUGCAUGUAUUGCAGGUUUAGAAAUUUUUACUAUUGAACUUGCUCGAGGUUAUAGUGAAGCAUCUUUUAAAGAAGAUUUAAAAAUACUCUAUGAUAAAAUUUGCAUCCAAAAUUUAAAAGUAGCCUUUUUAUUUAAAGACCAGUAUAUUGUGGAAGAGAACUUUUUAGAAUUAAUUAACAAUAUGCUAACUCUUGGCACAGUUCCUUCAUUAUUUGAUGAUGAAGAAACUGAAAAAAUUAUGGAAGCGUUUCAAAGGGACUUGCCAGGUUAUGAAAAAGCGCCCACAAAGGAAAUCUUUUGGCAUAAUUUUGCAAAAAGAGCUAAUACAAAUCUUCAUAUAAUUCUUUCCAUGGCUGCAAACAAUGAAGAAUUGCCUAAAAGGUGCAGAAAUUUUCCUGGACUUGUCAGUAAUACCAACAUAGAUUGGGUUUUUCCGUGGCCUAGCCAAGCACUUUUAGCAGUUGCAACUAGUUUUAUCUCAGAUGAAACUAAUAUAAUUCCUGUGAAUCAUCAGACAGAUGUAAUCCAAAUCGCUAUAUACGUACAUUUUUCUGCUAUUCAAGCUUCUGUUAAUUUUUGGGAAAAACAGCGCAGAAGAAAUUAUAUAAGUCCUAAAAACUAUUUAGAUUUCCUCGCAACUUACAUCAAGUUGGUAAAAGAACAAUAUUCUUACAUUAAUAUGCAGUGUGAUCGCUUGGACGGUGGCAUUAAAAAACUUUUAGAAUCUGCGGUUCAACUGAAUGAUUUUAAUGCAAAAUUGGCUGUUCAAAAAAUUGCUGUUAACGAAAAAACACAGUCAUGUCAAAAAUUGUUAACGAGAAUAGCUCAAGCUACGGCUGAAGCUGAGGCUAAACAAUCUUUAGCGUUGAUCAAAAGUGCCCAAAUUGAAGAACAAACUAAAGAUAUUACUCGAGAAAAAGAAGAAGCUAGGGAAGCUCUUUCUAAAGCAAUGCCAGCAUUAGAAUCAGCUAAACAAGCCUUGGACUACAUUGAUAGGAAUGAUGUUACAGAAAUAAGAUCAUUUGCAAAACCGCCUAAACCUGUACAGACAAUUGGCGAGUGUAUUGUAGUUUUAAAAGGAAUUAAAGACGUAUCUUGGAAAUCAGCCAAAACGUUAAUGACUGAUCCUAACUUUUUAAAAUCUCUCAAAGAACUUGAUGUUGAUAACAUACCAAUACGAAAUAUUCAUGUAGUAAAGUACUGUUUGAAAGAAAUGAACAUCACGGUCGAAGAGAUGAGAGACAAAAGCAGAGCUGGAGCAGGUUUAAUGAAGUUUGUUCAAGCUGUAGUUGGGUACUGCGAGGUUUAUAAAGAAGUUAAGCCAAAAAAAGAAAAAGUUGAAAGAUUGGAAAAAGAGUUUGCUACGACAAUGCACGAAUUGGAAAAAAUUACUUCUCAAUUAAAUCAGCUUCAAAAGACACUAGAUAAUUUAAAACAUCAAUACGAAACGGCCAUGUUAGAUAAAAAGCAGUUGGAGGAUGAAACUGAUUUGAUGCAAAGAAGAAUUGUAGCUGCAGAUAGAUUAAUAAAAGGUCUUGGAUCAGAAAGAAUUCGAUGGCAAAAAGAACUUGAAGAUCUUUAUUUGCAAAAGGGAAAUGUAAUUGGUGAUUGUCUUCUAUGUGCUGGAUUUUUAACGUAUACUUCACCAUUUACUUGGCAGUUUAGAGAAAAUUUAGUGUAUAAUUCUUGGUUGCAAAAUAUUAAAGAAUUGGAAAUACCUUUAAGUGAACCAUUCUCUUUGACUAAACUUUUAACAAAUGAUGUUGAAAUAAGUAAAUGGAACUCUGAGGGAUUGCCACCUGAUGAAUUAUCUGUCCAAAAUGCCAUCCUGGCUACACGAAGCAACCGGUUUCCUUUGUGUAUUGACCCACAACAACAGGCUAUGAACUGGAUAAAACAACGAGAAAAAGGAACAUCAUUUAAAAUAAGUAGUUUUAACGAACCUGAUUACAUAAAGCACUUGGAACUAGCCGUCAAAUAUGGAUCAUCAUUUUUAUUCCAAGAUGUCGACGAUUAUGUUGAUCCUCUUGUUUACAACAUACUUUCUAAAACUCUUAUCAAACAAGGGGCAGUACAAGGUGUUAUGAUGGGUGAUAAAAUGAUUGAUUUCGAUGAUAACUUUCGUUUGUAUCUUAACACAAAAUUGCCAAAUCCUAAUUACCCUGCAAGUAUAUAUGCAUUCGCUACUGUUAUCAAUUUUAUAGUUACUUUUAAAGGAUUGGAAGAACAAUUGUUGGGUGUGAUCGUUAAAAUUGAAAAAAAUGAAUUAGAAGAGCGCCGUGAACAAUUGAUAUACGAGACAAGCACAAAUAAAAAAUUGCUUAAAGAUUUGGAAGAUUCUCUUCUUAGAGAGUUAGCCCAAUCGAAAGGAAAUAUGUUGGAUAGUGUGGACCUUCUUACUACCCUUGAAAAUACAAAGUUAAAAUCAAGUGAGGUAGCAGAAAAACUAAGACUUGGCGCUCUAACAACAGACGAAAUUGACAGAAAUCGUGACAUUUAUCGUCCCGUCGCUAAACUUGGAGCAAUUUUAUUUUUUGUUCUAGGUGAUCUUGCAACAAUUAAUGUCAUGUACCAAUAUUCACUGUCAGCAUACAUUAAAGUUUUUGAAUACAGUCUUAGACGAAGUUUGCCUGAUAGCCGAAUAGCUAACAGAUUGAAAAAUAUUUCUGAAGCUUUGCUUAUAAACGUUUAUAAUUAUGGAUGUACGGGUAUAUUUGAAAAACACAAGCUACUUUUUUCACUUCAAAUCGCAGUCAAAUUAAAAUUAGAUGAAAAUUCAAUUACUGAAGAAGAAUUGGAUUUUUUAACAAAAGGCAAUGUAUCUCUUGAAAAAUCUCCACUUGUUAACCCUUUUGCAUGGCUCCCUGAUGAUGCCUGGGAAUGCUUAACACUUUUACCUGAAGUUUCACCAAAUAAUUUCGAGAACAUCAUUUCUGAUAUUCAAUCAAGCGAAACGGAUUGGAAGGUCUGGUAUGAUCACGAUAGUCCAGAAACCUUAGAUUUUCCAAUGCAGUAUGAAGAAACUUUAAGUGAUUUUCACAGACUCAUGCUCUUGAGAUGUUUCCGUUUAGACCGCCUUUAUUGUGCUAUCAGUGAUUUUAUCAGUGACUACAUGGGAGAACAGUUCAUUACCCCUCCCAUUGUUAGUCUAAGCACAAUUCAUGAGCAAAGUUCUACAACUACACCCGUUAUUUUCAUUUUAAGUGUUGGGUCAGAUCCUACAAGCGACCUCAUCAAAUUUGCAGAUUCUGUGAAUAUAAAAAAUACUCAACUAAAAAUUCUAUCAUUAGGACAGGGACAAGAAAAAACAGCAAUGAGUCUUAUAACUGCUGCAGUGACGCAUGGUCAUUGGUUGAUAUUGCAAAAUUGUCAUUUAUUAAUUAGAUUUAUGCGAGAUUUAGAAAAAGAAUUUGAAAAUUUUACUAAACCCCAUCCUGAUUUCCGACUUUGGUUAACGACAGAGCCGGUGGGAGAUUUCCCUAUCAGUGUACUUCAGAGAUCACUGAAAGUAGUGACUGAGCCACCAAAUGGACUAAAGCAUAAUUUGCAAAGUACUUACGUGAAGUUAGUAUCACCAGUUAUUGAAAAGUUUUGUGCCCAUCCUCACUAUCCCUCCUUACUGUUUGUUCUUAGUUUUUUCCAUGCCGUCGUUCAAGAAAGACGUAAAUACGGAAAAAUUGGCUGGAAUAUAUCGUAUGACUUCAAUGAUUCUGACUUUAUUGUCUGUAAUACAAUUCUUCAAAGUAGUUUGCAGAAAGUAAUAGAUUCCAGUGAUGAGGUUAUUCCUUGGAACAGCCUAAAGUAUCUAAUUGGUGAGGUGAUGUAUGGUGGCAGAGCGAUAGAUGAUUUUGACAGACGAAUUUUGAAUACUUAUAUGAAUGAGUACAUGGGUGAUUUUUUGUUGGAUCCCUAUCAAAAGUUUCAUUUCAACAUUAGCGAAGAGUUUGAAUACUUAUUGCCUACUGCUACUUCAAAGGAAGAAUAUUUAGAGUAUAUUGAAGACUUACCAUUAAUUACGUCUCCUGAAGUUUUGGGAUUGCAUGAAAACGCAGAAAUAAGCUAUUUCUUGCAAGCUGGCCAAGACAUACUAGACUUCAUGAAAAUGCUUCAACCUAAAACAAAAAUAACAGAUUCCAGUGGAAGUAACAGGGAAGAUAUAGUUAGCAAACUUGCCCAGGACAUGCUUAGUAAGAUUCCAGAAGAGUUCAAUAUUGAUAAUAUUCGUAAAAAUCAUGCCAACAACAUAACCCCAAGCAUCAUAGUACUUUUGCAAGAGUUAGAAAGUUUUAACAAGCUUUCAAGAAAAAUGAUAAAUUCUUUGCAUACUCUAAGGAAAGCUAUUGCUGGAGAAGUUGGCAUGGACAAUGACCUCGAUGAAAUUUCUAAUUCGUUAUUCUUUGGAGUAAUUCCACAACUGUGGCGUCGUUUGGCUCCGCUUACAAAAAAAUCCUUGGCCUCUUGGAUUACUUUUCAUUUAGACCGUCGCAGACAGUACAACGAAUGGGCGUUUGAUAACGAACCUGUGGUGAUGUGGCUGUCUGGUCUACAUGUGCCUGAAUCGUACAUCACAGCGCUCAUUCAAAUGACUUGUCGAAAGAAUGGAUGGCCGCUAAGCAAAUCAACUCUGUUCACUAAAGUUAUGUCUGAACCUAUUAUUGGAGAUGCCUUAGAUUCAAUCAGCCAGGGCAAAAUGGUUACAGGAUUGUACUUAGAGGGGGCUGGAUGGGAUUAUCAAAAUUGUUGUUUAGUAAAGCAGGAACACAAAAAAUUAUCAACCCCUAUGCCCAUUAUAAAAAUGAUACCCAUUCAGAGAAGCAAACUUAGAUUAGCAAACACUCUACGAACUCCCGUGUACGUAACUUCUGAUAGGAGAGACGCCAUGGGAGUUGGAUUAAUAUUUGAGGCUGACCUACCCACAAAGCAACAUCUCAGUCAUUGGAUUUUACAAGGAGUUUGUUUGGUAUUAAAUCCGGAGUGA